CAAAGUCAUACAAAAAUAAUUUCCACAAUUUCGUUUAGAAACUUCCAUUUAUCAUUUCUAAACGAAAUUGUAGAAGUCAGCGAUAUUCAAAAUAGAAAGUUGUCGAGUAUUUGUCUAGCGGCGGGAGUGGCUUAUUAGAACUUAAAACGAAUUAUAUCCGUGCCCUAAACUUAAAAAUGGAUAUCAGCUACGACGAUGAAGUUGUUAAACAAUGCUUUAAAUGUAAUGAAUCUUUAGUUGACACCUUAAAUAUAGUUAAAAACUCGACGAACAGAACAAUAAUACUAUGGAACAAGUUUCAAAUAUUUGUGUACGAAGAAUUUGACUUUGGAAAACCGGCGAAAGCAUUACUAUUGAACUUUCAAAUACAAGAUUUAAUAUUUCAUGGGAACUAUUUGAUCUGUCUUGACUGCAGUGGGAAUGUGCAUACGACGUCUCUAAAGUUUAAAAAUGCAGCGCAAAACUCCUUCGUAUUUCCCUUUCAACCUCGUGAACGCAAUGUAGUGGCUAUCACACUGUAUGACGAUGAUAACGUGUUAUGCCUAAAGCAUGAGUCAAGUACUUAUUUAUUAUCGCUACAUAAGAUAAAUUCAGAGCUCUCAUUGUACAAUAAUGUUAUAAUCACAUAUAAAGAGCGAUUACCUCUGCAAAAAACAAACAAGUUCAAAAUGAAAGUCCAAGCUAUAACUGAAAACCAUUUGGAUAAUAUCAAAAAACUUUCUAAAGAAGUUUUUGUUAGUAGAAAUAAAUAUAAGCUUGUUGUUAUAAGUUUUGAUAACCUAAACAUUUUCGGUUGUAUUCUUUAUUCCAGUAUGACUGAAGAGUGUAUAACACUCAAAAAAAUAUAUUCUUGUCCUUCAGAAAUAUGUGAUUUACAAAUUACUGAAACAGGUGACUUGAAUAUUGGUCUAACAAUAGGCACUUUAUUAAGAAUAUCUUUAAGAGACCUACAGAACCCAGAAACAAUUCAUUUGAACAUUGCUAUAAACAAAUACUUAGUUUAUAAUGAAAAUAUAAUUUACUCUGAUGGAGAGUCCAUGUGGAGAGCGGAAAACCUAGGAUCAAAACACAUGAAAUUCAGUCAGCUUUUCAUAAGACAUGUUAAGGAUUUCAUAAAGCAUAGAGAUCAAAUCAUUUGUACAACAUUCAUGAAUUUAAUAUACUUAUUCUCAAUAGACAAUGAUAUAUCAAACUUAAAGCAACAAACUACUGAGGAAUAUUGUUCUGCAAACACAGUGUUGAAUCACUCUAAAUGUCUCAAGAAAAUUAUGGAUGAAGUUGAGACAAACCACAAAUUAAUCAAAACAUUAACUAAAGAAAAUAAUUAUAUUACUGCACUGUCACUAUCCAACAGGCAGGAUGUAAUGGAUCAAAUUAUGAAAGAAAAAGUUAUUGUUUAUGAAAACUAUCAAGAUGCAAUUGCAGAAAAUGAUGACAUUAUCCUGACAAAUAACUUUACAGAGUAUUUUGAUUCAGAAUCACUCUUCUUUUUGAUUAAAAUAUCUUCCACAACAGACCAUAAGCUUAGUGAAAUAUUAUCUAAUGCAAUCGGAGACUUAAGAUUCCACAUAACUUUUGGUUCCAGUAAAAAGUUGCUUAAAACUGUCAGUAUAAAAGUUACUGGACCAAUAAAGAAAACAAGCCUUUUAAUUCCAUUAAAAAACAAUAUGGUUGACACAACUGAAUUCAAUGUCCUUAUUAAAAUGCUGGCCAGUAUCCCAGGAGCUAUGGAUGCAAAAAGAAAAAUGUGGACAGUUUUAUACAGAAAAAAUGUUAAAUUACUCUCUGAACACUUUAUAAAAUUCAAUUUGAGAACAAAUAAACAAUUGUGCCUGAAAACACCACAAGUUUCAUUAGAUGAACUCAUAUUGCAAGCUGCCGAGAUCAAUUUUGGAAAUCUAUUUCACUUUAUUGAUACUUUAAAAGUGAAACCAGCAUCUAAAGAAUGGAAACUAUAUGUGAGAUUACCAGACGACUACCAAAACGUGUUCCUAAAUAAAGAUCUGUACACAAAACACUUGAAUUCGAAUAAAGUCAACUUUUUCUUAGAUCAAUUCACGUCAGACGAUUUCUUAAAGUCGAAAAGUAACUUGACUUUUAACAUUGGAAACGAAAAAGUAAAAGUCGAAAUAUACAACGACGGUUUUACAAGGCCGCUGUUAAAAAUAUUAAGCGAGAAUAUGAAAAUAGCUUUAAAUAUUAGAAACUUUUUGGCUGAUUUGAUUUAUUACGUUUUUACUGGUUUCAGUCCCGGAAAGGAAUUUGUACAUCUUUCAACAUACACUACACUGGAGAAUCUACAAAAAGCUGUAAGCGAUUGCGCUAGGGAUUCACCGCAGGAAGAUAUAGAAGAAUUGGUCGACAAGUUCGAAAGAGAUGUUGUUGGAGUUCUGCCCAUAUAAUAUUCUUGCAACUUUGCUUCAAUAUUGAUGCAACGGUUUACUCACGCGUAUUUAUCGG